AUGGUGUCGCGUGGGGAGCGCGGCCCGCCGGCCGGGGACCUGGCGGCGCUGGCGGAGCUGAGCGAGGCGGCCUUGCUGGGCGGGCUGCGGGAGCGGUUCCUGCGGCAGCAGGUCUACACCGACAUCGGGGACAUCCUCAUCGCCGUGAACCCCUUCCAGCCGCUGCCGCUCUACGGCAGAGAGGUCUCCGAGCGCUACCGGCACCAUGAGACCGGCGCGCUGCCGCCCCACAUCUUCGCCGUGGCCAGCCGGGCCUACCACGCCAUGCUGGGCCGCCGGGGCGGAGGGCCGCUGAACCAGUGUAUCGUCAUCAGUGGAGAGAGCGGUGCAGGGAAAACGGAGAGUACAAAGCUGUUGUUACAGCACAUAAUGAAUCUGUGCAGAGGCAACUCACAGCUGGAGCAGCGGAUCCUUCAGGUAAAUCCAUUGCUUGAAGCUUUUGGCAAUGCCCAGACUGUGAUGAAUGACAACAGCAGCCGUUUUGGAAAGUACAUACAGCUGCGUUUCCAGAAGAAUACAGUGCAGGGUGCAAAGCUGAGUGAGUACCUGUUAGAGAAGUCGCGAGUAGUGCAACAAGAUACCGGGGAGAGGAAUUUCCAUAUCUUCUACUACAUGUUUGCUGGACUUUCUUCAGAGGAAAAGGAGAUGUAUGGACUAUUGGAUCCUUCACUCUACAGGUACAUAAGUGGACGGUUUGGUACACAGGAUGUAGCUCAGCGCUGGAAGCACAAAUACCAAGAAGUGUGCAAUGCCCUUGACAUGGUGGGCUUCCAAGAACAGGAGCAAGUGGACAUGCAGGCUAUCUUGGCUGGUGUGUUGUCUCUGGGCAAUGUGACCUUUGAGCCUGAGGAGAGCAAUGGGUCUGUAAAAGUGAGCAAAACCUCUUGGGGAUGGCUGAAGGCUGCAGCGGGUCAGUUUGGAGUCCAGGAAGAUGAGCUGUUAAAAUGCCUUAUUUGUACAAUGUCAGUGACCCGAGGUGAGCAGAUUCAGCGUUUUCACACACAGCAGCAGGCAGAAGAUGCUCGGGACUCCAUUGCAAAGGUGGCAUAUGGCCGAGUGUUUGGCUGGAUUGUUUGUAAAAUCAAUGAGCUGCUGGCUGAGAAUGUGGAUCCUGAGGUGGAACUGAGGGAGAUAGGUAUCUUGGAUAUUUUUGGGUUUGAAAACUUUGCAGUGAAUCGUUUUGAACAGCUUUGCAUAAACUUGGCUAAUGAGCAGCUGCAGCACUUCUUCAACCAUCACAUUUUCCAACUGGAGCAAGCUGCCUAUAAGGAAGAAGAGCUGCCUUGGGAGACUAUCACAUUCAACAAUAAUGAACCUAUUCUGAAUCUGCUUCUGGCCAAGCCACUUGGACUCCUGUCUCUUCUGGAUGAGCAGAGUGCAUUCCCUCAGGGAACAGAUAAGACGUUUGUGGAUAAACUCAAUAUCAACUUCAAGGGGAAUUUACACUUUCAGCCAGCCCGAGGCCGUGUUUUGGGCUUCAGCAUCAUUCACUAUGCUGGGAAAGUCGUGCCAGGAGCAGAUGACAAGUUCAACAGCACACGAAAACAAUCUGCUGGAGCUCAGUUUCGGCAUUCUCUGAUGGUGCUCAUGGAGAAGAUGUAUUCUGCCAAUCCUCACUUUGUGCGUUGUAUAAAGCCCAACAGCCAGAAGGAGCCAGGUGUGGUGGACAACCAGGUGGUGCUGCAGCAGCUCCGAUACAACGGACUGCUGGAGACAAUCCGUAUCCGAAGAGAUGGUUUCUCCUGGAGACCCUCGUUUGAGGAAUUUGCUGAAAGAUACGGAAUUCUUCUAGUUAAACCAGAUGUUUCCCUCACAAAAGAAAGCUGCUUGGAAAUACUGCGAAGUACAGAGCUGACAGGCUGGAUAUGUGGAAAGUCAAAACUUUUCUUUAAAUAUUGGCAUGAGGAGCAGCUGGCAAAAUACAUGGAGCGACUGGAAAGAGCAGCAGUUGUCAUACAGAAAGUUUUCAGAGGAUUCAGGUGCAGGAAGAGUUACCUAAAACUGGUGGCAGAGCUGAGAGCUCAGGCACAGUGGCUGCAGGAGGAAGCAGAGAGAGAAAGAAGCCGUCAGCUGGCAGCAGAAGCAGAGGCCCAGAAAAGAAUCUCCCUUCCAGUCCCUAUGCCACGAAAGAGACGCCCUCAGCCUUGUCCCCAUCCUCCUGAUCAGCCACCACAGCCACCGGUGCCACGGCCACGCAGCAAACUAACAGAGUCCACUCCUUUUGAUAACUUCUUGGACCCUUCUGCGCCUCGCCCUGUUCUGGGGACAGAGGAGAUUGGAGAAGAGGCAAAAAUGAGGAGACUCAAGAGAGGGGCAACUCUGCGCUGGUUCAAAGAGACUCAGGCCCAGAAGGUCAUGCAGGAUGAUGGUGCAUUUCCAGACUGGCUGCAUGGGAUGAUCAGCCGCCGGGAAGCUGAAAACUUGCUGAUUCACAAGCCUUUGGGUUGCUUCCUUGUUCGGAUCAGCCAGAGCAGACCAGGCUACAUCUUGACAUACAGGGGUGAAAGCCGCUGCAGACACUACAUGAUCCAGAUGCAGCCCAAUGCACGCUAUGUCAUCCUGGGGGAGGACCGUGCUCACACCUCGCUCACCGAGCUGGUUCAGUACCACCAGACUGUGGGCAUCCAGCCCUUCAUGGAGCUGCUCACUGUUCCCUGUGGGCAGAAAAGCAGUGAGAGUUUGGAUGACAGAAAUCUGGAGUGCCUCACGCUGGGUGCACCAGCAGCUGAGGGGGAGACCUCUCCAGAGGAGCAAGCCUGCCCCUCCAGACCUUCCACCAUCAGACCUGCCCUGCAGUCAGGAGCAGCCAUGGUUCUCAGACAUGUGUGGUUCAGGAGGAGCAAGAAUUGCCAAAAGGAACAGAGCCUGGAGAAGAGUGGGACAAAGCCAUGCUCAGGCAAGGAGAGAGGCAGCCAGCGAGCUUUCCCUCGCCUCCAUUCUUCCAUCCGCCUGGCGAUGCAGGAGAUUCAGCAGUUCUCAUCCAGUCCCUCGAACACCUCUCUACAGAGCUGCUGCCAAGCUGUCAGCAUUGAGGAUGUAAAGCCCAAGUGA